UGCAGUCAUGAACGGCACAGAGGGGGAGAAUUUCUACGUCCCCAUGUCCAACAAGACGGGGAUAGUGAGGAGCCCGUUCGAGUACCCCCAGUAUUACUUGGGCGAGCCAUGGAUGUUCUCGGCGCUUGCCGCCUACAUGUUCUUCCUCAUCCUCACCGGUUUACCGGUCAACUUCCUCACCCUCUUAGUCACCGUCCAGCACAAGAAGCUGCGGCAGCCCCUCAACUACAUCCUGCUCAACCUGGCCGUGUCCGAUCUCUUCAUGGUCUUCGGAGGCUUCACCACCACCAUCAUCACCUCAAUGAACGGCUACUUCAUCUUCGGACCCUCCGGCUGCAACUUCGAGGGCUUCUUCGCCACGCUCGGCGGUGAAGUCUCUCUUUGGUGCCUUGUGGUUCUCGCAAUUGAGCGCUAUAUGGUUGUUUGUAAACCUAUGGCCAACUUCCGAUUUGGCAGCCAGCAUGCCAUCAUUGGCGUUGUUUUCACAUGGAUCAUGGCCCUCUCUUGUGCAGGCCCCCCUCUUGUCGGAUGGUCCAGGUAUAUCCCAGAGGGAUUACAGUGUUCGUGUGGGGUUGACUACUAUACCUUGAAGCCUGAAGUGAACAAUGAAUCCUUUGUCAUCUAUAUGUUCGUCGUCCAUUUCACUAUUCCGCUGAUCGUUAUAUUCUUUUGCUACGGGCGUCUGGUCUGCACAGUCAAAGAGGCUGCAGCUCAGCAACAAGAGUCCGAGUCUACUCAGAGGGCUGAGAGGGAAGUCACCCGCAUGGUGAUCAUCAUGGUUGUGGCCUUCCUGAUCUGUUGGGUGCCGUAUGCUUCAGUAGCUUUCUACAUCUUCCUCAAUCAGGGCUGCGAUUUUACCCCAAUCUUCAUGACCGUACCAGCUUUCUUUGCCAAAGCCGCAGCUGUCUACAACCCUCUCAUUUACAUCCUGAUGAACAAACAGUUCCGUAACUGCAUGAUCACCACGAUUUGCAUGGGCAAGAACCCAUUCGAAGAGGAGGAAUCCACCUCAGCCAGUGCCAGCAAGACAGAGACUUCGUCCGUCUCCUCCAGCCAGGUGGCCCCUGCGUAAACCCUCAGCUCGGCCAAUUCAAUGGAGCCAGAUGCUGGCACUGCACCUCAAUGCUGCCCCUUCCAAACAAACUGAUUGUGUUGAGGUUUGAAGGCCCAAGAUUUCCAAACCCAGAGAAUUUCAGCAGCAUCAGAUAGUGGAACUUUCCAACUGCGUGACAAAUACUUGUACAGAGCCAAUCGUUUCAUCCUGAGCUUUGUGAUAAAACUACGAGUCCAAUGGUGAACAUCCGAACCAGCUAUGUUGUGAAGAUGUUGUAAGUUGUUUCAUACAUGCUGGCAGACGCGGUCUCUCGCACUUCCCAUUCUUUAUAAAGUCCAAAUGCUUUGUAAAAAUCACCUAU